AAUAUGGUUUUGCUAGCAGUUAGUUUUAAGUAGUGCAAUGUAACUAUUGCUCCUUCUAGUAAUCACUGAAAGGGAAUGCAGUCUGGCCUCUGAACAAACUAUAUGGUAUGUGUACUCCUGUCUACUGAUCAUUCUAAACAGGAAAAGAUUGGCAACAGAUUUUUAAAGUGACAACUGCCUCCCUAGGUAACUCAAUAUCAGGAAGUACCACAACAUUUACAUUUAAGAUCAGAUUGUAUUAAUGUAUAAAGCAGUUCUCAAAAAUAAGUGCUUUUUUUCCCCCCACUUUCUUCCCCCAUCUUCAUUUCUGCUAUCCGCAAAAGAUAAUUUCAUAUACUCAGCAAAGCUGCAGUACUACAGCAUAUCUUCUAUACUAUUAAUGGUAAGGUAUGUCAACAAUUUGUCCGAUGAUGCCUGGUGAAGUGCUAAUCCUCUUGCACCUUCUUUCUUUUGUUUAGGAGAAUCUGUUAGGCUGACUAUUUCUGAAGGAUCCUUGGGCUUCUUCCUGAACUCUGUAUGUGUGUGUGUGUAGGUUCACAUGUGGAUUACCUAAUGGACCGCUACAGAUAUUUCAUCUUUAACCAAAAGAGCAUGGUCAUUCUGGGUCUCUUCCAAAUAGCCUGCAGUACAGUGUGUGUUGUCAAUGGAUUCAUAGACGGCACUUUCAGAACAGAAUCGUCACUGAGUACAACCAGAGCACCCAUAUGGGCUGGAGUGGUCAUGAGUGUUCCUGGAAUUCUAGCUUUAUUUUCUUCCCAGAGAAAGAAUCCAAUUCUUGUGAAUGCAAUGCUAAUUGCCUCUAUAUUUUCUUGUUUCACCACCCUCGUUGUAAUAAUUUAUGCUUCCCUAACAUUAAACUUUGGUGAAGAAGAGGAAGACUUGAAUCAUGUACCAAUUCAUGUUGUUCAUACGAAGUUUGUUCUCGAUAAAGUUGUCAAAGGUGCCAACAUAGUGAUGUUAAUUGCAUCUAUUGGCAGUGUGGUGGUUGUGCUAACUAUUGCUUACAUGGGCUGCCGAAGUCUUCCACAUUGUUCAUGCUAUGACAGUAGGACUGGAAUGGAAUGGUUGCAACCAGCAGAGGACCAGCCACAGACUGUGGAACUGGUUUGCACUCUACAAAGUCAUGAGGACAGAAUUUUGAAUUCACCAAUUCAGUUUCCAGACCAAGAUUUGGAUACAGAAGAAGAAACAUCCAAACCUCCCCCAUAUAUCAGACUUGCUUGAAAAAUUACUGAGUAUUUUAAUGCUAGCACACUAAAACUGGAGAACUUUUUUUGUUCUUUGCUAUGUUUUCUAAGGACUUAAAUAAUCUUAUGCACAUUCUUCUUUUUAACCAAGGAACUACUGAAUGCCCAAAGCUUAGGAAAGAUCAAUGCUACAGUCAAGGAACAUACAGUUAAAGAAGAUCUGCAGAUUUGUGGACUGACUCAAAUCUUGGUCUAUUACUAUACCUCCUCUCUUCCAGGAAGAAGGAGCACCUCUCCCCCUGCUUUUGUUUGCUUUUACUCUGGCUUACAGUAGAAUUUGUGUUGCAGUUUCAGUUUACUGGUGCUAGCUUUGAACAUUCAA